AUGCCUUCUGAACCGCUGAAGCGCAUUCUCGUCACUGGCGGUGCCGGCUACAUCGGCUCGCACGUCAUUCACGUCCUUCAGCAGACUCGCCGCUUCAAGAUCAUCUCUAUCGAUAACUUCCACAACUCGCAUCCUGCAGUCUACGACCGUUUGACCAAGAUUGCCCGCGAUGCGCUUCCGGCCGAUGCGACUGAACAGGACAAGGAAUCCACUGUGAUUGACACGUACAAGAUCGACCUCAUCAACGCCGAGGACGUCCGCGCUGUCUUUGAGAGGUACGGCAAGGGUGGGAUCUGGGGCGUCAUUCACAUCGCGGCGCUGAAAGCCGUGGGCGAAUCUACCGAGAUUCCCAUCACUUACUACCACAACAAUGUCGCCGCCACCAUCUUCCUUCUUGAAAUUAUGUCCGACUGGGAGUGCACGCGCUUCCUCUACUCGUCCUCUGCCACUGUCUACGGCAUCCCGCCCCAGAUCCCCAUUCCUGAGUCGACUCGCCUGAAGGCCGACAGCCCUUACGGUCGUUCCAAAGUCAUGUCGGAAUUCAUGCUCGAGGACCUGUGCCAUGCCGAGCCUAGUCGCUGGCGGGCAAUCUCCCUGCGCUACUUCAACCCUGCUGGCGCUCAUCCCUCUGGUCUUAUCGGCGAGGAUCCUCGCGGACGUCCGGAGAACCUUCUGCCUUUGCUCGCUCAGAUGGCUGGUGGUCGUGUCAAGGAGCCUGAACUGAAGGUCUUUGGCAACGACUAUCCGACUCCCGACGGCACUUGCGUUCGCGAUUACCUCCAUGUUAUGGAUCUUGCUAAGGGUCACCUCAUCGCGCUGGACGCCCUUGCGCCGGAAAGCACAGUCUUCGAUAACUGCCCUGAUGAAGCCCGUUAUAAAGCUUACAACCUUGGUCGUGGUCGUGGAUUCUCAGUCAUGCAGAUGGUCGAGGCUAUGCGCAAGGCCAGCGGCUACGACUUCAAGCAUUCGGUCAUUGGACGCAGGCGGGGUGAUGUUCCCGACCUUACCGCCGACCCUUCUCUUGCGGAGAAGGAGCUCGGUUUUAAGACGGAGUACGACCUUGAGGCCAUGUGCCGUGACCUCUGGAACUGGCAGACGAAGAACCCGCAGGGCUACGACACUCCAGAGGCCGAGUAG